CAUAGUAAAUCAAUGUGAUAAAAUCACUCAAAAAUAUAUAGUUUUGUAUCGUUUUGUUAAUUUCAUGGUCCAAAUUAUUUUUGAAUAUGUCUUCUUUGCAAUCUCAAGAUCGCUUGCAACAACUGCAAGAGAUUGAAAAGGAAAUAGUCAAGGUUGUAUCAAGUGCUGGCCAUGCCUUACAAGAAAUCUCACAAGAACAACCAAAUCAUGAAAAUUUGAACACGCACACUAGGGAGUUUCUGAAUUCAUUGCAGGGAGUUGAGAAAGGUUUGCUAGACCAAAUCACAUACUUAACAGAAGUUGCUACUGGACAACCUCAUGAAGGGUCGAUAUAUGGUGCUGAAAAAGAUUUUGCUCUAACUUGUCAAGGAACAAAAAUUGCUAAACAACGCCUCACAGACUUGGUACAAGAAUUUCAAAAUGGGACGUGAAAGCUUUCACAGAGAUUUAUAGAUAAUUCUUUAAAACAGUAUUUAUGUUUUAAAAUAGUUUCUUCCAGUGACAGAAUACAAAACAUUUGGAAGUGACUUCCAAAAAUUAAAUAACAAUAUAUUCUGGCUCAAUAAUUAUGCCACUCGGCCUGGGAGCCUCGUUUAAAUGUAAUCAAUCACCGCACAUAUCUUACUUAAAAAGCAACACCCUAAGUCAACUAGUCAAGGUAUUUAUUGUGUAUUAUGCAUGUUAUAGACUUGCAGUUUAGGCUGUUUAACGAAAAUAUUUUUACAUGAAGUUUUGAAUAUAUGUAACUUCAUGGGAAAACUUUAUGUAAGAUCUCGUCAAAGUAGUAUUAAAAACAUGGCGAAAUGCGGAACUCAAAUGAACAAGACGCCUGUUCUGGCGUUAACUCCGGCGCACGUGCCAGUCUUCAAUAUAGAGCUUCUGAACAUAAACA